AUGGCAGACACCGAGGCCGGCAGCGCGCCCGUCGCCCUCUUCAAAAAGCGAGGCGCAAAGGGCAAGGCGAACCUGCGCAAACGACCGGCGACGCCUCCCCCGGCCGCAAGCGACAGCGACAGCGACUUUUCAUCCUCGGAAGACGAGGCUGGGCAGAGGGUCAAGAGGCGGAAGAAGACGGCCGUCGUCACCGCCGCCGCGAGGGGAGCCGCGCCCACCAGCCGGGACGAUGGCGAUUCGGCCGCCUUCACGGCCAACAGAAGCGUGCCGAUUGCCGAUAGCAACGACGCGACCAAGCAUAGCAACUGGUACGACGAGAACGCAAAGGACGCGCUCUCGGCCAAGAGCCUCCUUGGUUCGACAAGAGCAUCCAAAGACGCACAACCCGACGGCACAUACAAGGGCUUGGCGAACCAGACGUCGUUUAUCCAGACGAACCCGGAUGCUCCUCGAAAGACGGUUGGCCCCAUCAAGGCACCUACAAACAUCCGCACCGUCACGAUAACGGAUUACGCCCCCGACACGUGCAAAGAUUAUCGCAUUACCGGCUACUGUGGUUUCGGGGAUAAUUGCAAAUACCUUCAUGCGCGAGAAGACCUCAAGGCAGGCUGGCAGCUGGAUCAAGAGUGGGAAAAGGUCACCAAGGGCAAGAAGAACCUGGGGGGAACGGUGGUAGCCAGCGCGAACCGAAACAAGACGAAAGAGGAGAACGACGACGACGACGAAGAGGCAAUUCUCGAAAACAUACCGUUUGCCUGCAUCAUCUGCAAGGAAUCGUACAAGGAGCCGAUUGUGACAAGAUGCGGGCACUACUUUUGCUUGCCGUGCGCUCUGCAGCGGUAUAAGAGGGAUCCGACAUGUGCAGCGUGUGGCACGGGCACGAACGGUGUGUUUAAUUCGGCAACGAGACUGAAGAAGCUGCUUGAGAAGAAGAGGGAGAGGGCGGCCAAGAGGAGACGGGAAGCGAUAGAGAGGGGCGAGGAAGUCAGUGAUGAAGAGGAAGAGGAGCAAGAAGACUGA